CGCGUCAGACCUGGGAAAGCUAGCGUGCAAUAGAAAUUAAUCAUGCUGCCUUCACAAGAAGCCUCCAAAAUCUAUCACGACAAUUACAUGCGCAACUCGCGGGCCAUCGGCGUGCUGUGGGCCAUCUUCACCAUCUGCUUCGCCAUCAUCAACGUGGUGGUGUUCAUUCAGCCCUACUGGAUCGGAGACAGCGUGAACACGCCGCACGCCGGUUACUUCGGCCUCUUCCACUACUGCGUGGGCGAGGGCAGCUCGAACCGGGAGCUCACAUGCCAGGGUACCUUCUCCGACUUCAGUUCCAUCCCGUCUGCUGCCUUUAAGGCCGCUUUUUUCUUCGUGCUGCUCUCCAUGGUGCUCAUCCUGAGCUGCAUCGCCUGCAUGGCACUCUUUUUCUUCUGCAACACCGCCACCGUGUACAAGACCUGUGCCUGGAUGCAGCUGCUCUGCGCUGUAUGUCUGGUGUUUGGAUGUAUAAUUUUCCCGGAUGGCUGGGACGCAGAGGUGAUUCGGGACAUGUGUGGUGAGGAGACAGGGAAGUACAGGCUGGGAAACUGCUCAGUGCGCUGGUCCUACAUCCUGGCCAUCAUUGGUAUUUUGGAUGCUCUCAUCCUCUCCUUCCUUGCCUUUGUCCUCGGAAAUCGCCAGAGUGACUUCCUGCAAGAUGAACUUAAGGCUGAUAAUAAAGACUUUGCAGUAUCCAGGAUUGAGAUCCGUGACACAAAGGAUCCUCGUUUUGGAGUGCAGCGGUUCCACUGAAGAGACGCCACCUCCUCUUUUUUCUUCCCUUCCUUCUCCAUCCUUUGUACUUUUCUGCUUGUCCUCUCAGGUCUGCGUCUCUGAGCUCAGUAAUGAAGCUGCUAGCUCAGCUAUUUGUAAUAUAAGACUGGCCUGGAGCACACUUCAAGAACAGAAUCUAUUCUUCAUAUAUACACCGGUUUAAAAAGAAUUUCAAAUCAACACAAAAUAAAUGAAAAAAAAAUCAGCUUUACAAAACAACAACUCUGGGAAAGUGAUAAAACAAGUUAUUAUUAUUAUUAUUACAAAAUUACAGUAAUAACUAUGCUUGCAAAAGUGGUAUUAUUUUAAAUUGACAUUUGUUAUAAAAUGAGGGAUUAAUUAUAUCUAGCUUUAAAGGAUUGCAUAUGUAUAAGUGCUUGGGUGCUACUAAAGACACAAAUGAAUAAAAUAACAAGCCAAAAUCAUAAAAAAGAACAUUUUGUACAGCACAAGAUGUAAUUUUGAAGACCGCCUUUUUUCCUGGAAGAUUUUGAACUCCCUUCUUUGUACAUGUGGUCACCAACAAGAUUGGUAGGAAAUAAAAAUGAAGUCGUUCAUUUGUAAAUAAUAUAUUUCUAUGGAGACAGGGUAGAGACAACACAGUUAUUGACCCUAACUAUAUUCAUACUCCACCUUAGAGUGGAAUUAUCCAAUUUAGCAUUGUUAUCUCUUGAUCAAAUAUGAAUUACCAGUUUUCUGAGUUUCUUAAGAUGGCCUAUGUUAAAGUGAAACAGCCUACAAGCAUUUCUUUUGGCAUGGACGGCUGACAGAGCUUCAUUUUACCAAUAAAUUACUUAAUCUUGCUCACCUUUCUUUUUAUACUGACUUAUAAAUACAGUGUGGGAAUUCUCUACAAUGACUGGCAAAUUCAGAAUUCUCCUUCCAAUAUUUUAAUAACUGGACAUAUUAUCGUAUUAGUCCAGCUUUUUGUUGGUUUGUUUGUUUGUUCGUUUUAUCCAUUUUGUCUCGAGGAAAAGCCCUGCAUGCUGCAUUUUACUCAGGCCCGACAAGUGGAGCACUGAUCAUUUUUACAAGAUUUCAGCAUCGCCCAGACCCAAUGAGUCAAGCAGCAGUCAGAGCAUACAACUGCACAGCACAACAAAGCUGACCAUGAUGGGUUAACUUCUAAUCUCGAGGAGCAUGUUAGUUUUCACAGGAAAAAUGAAGAUACAUUUCAGUGGUGGCUUUGAAAUUUCUGUUAGCUAGCAUUUUUCUGCAAUGAACUAAUUCUUUACAAUCCAUACCAGGAAAAGGAAUAUUUUUGAACGACAUGAAGGUCCUAACCUCUGCACUAGUCUACAUUCAUGCCAUCAUGAGUUCUACUUCCACAAGUCUGGAUACAUCUUAAUCCCACUGUGGAGUCUAUUAUGUUCAAUGUUGGAAUGCUACCACUGUACUUUUACCCUGAUUAUUUUGGAUUCAUUUUAAUAGAAGGAAAUGUUAGAUGUUGUCAUUUUUUCUUAAAAAUUUAAGAUCAGGUUUGUGGGUAAUGCCAAGUAAAAGCAAAUAUACAGACAGGCAACAAAUGGAUGAAAACAACUGUCUGAAGUGUCUUAAUAAAGUGUUGGGCCACUGUGAGCCACCAGAAUGGCACAGAUUGAUGUUUUGAUGAUGGUGGUGAACAGUGCUGCCUUAAACAUUGGAUAAAAUGUCCCAUAUGUGUUGAUUUGGUUUGAGAUUUGGUGACUACAAAGGCCAGAGUAUAUGAGUUUUAUUAUUUUUAUACUUAUCAAACCAUUUUGUGAUCUCCCCUAGGGUUAAUAUUAUCCUGAACUAGAGUCAGAAAGAAACAUCUAUUAAAAGAAUAAUUGGUUAGAAUAAUUAUUUUCCAUUAUGGUGACAAAUCAUGGAUUUAACCUGGCUGGAAGUCUCCUUAAAAGCUUAUGUUUCUCUGCUUAGAAGAACGUUUUUCCUUUAAUUUGUCACCUGUUUGUAUAUGACAUGGAAUAUACAGUAUGUUUGGAUGUUUCAGUGUGGAAGAUCACCUAAAACAAAGGUGAAUUGUGCAACUAUACACCCUUCAUAUAAAUGUUUAGAUUCAAAAUGUACAGUAUGAGUUUACUUUAUUUUCUGGCCAAUUUUUCAUAUAAGCUAAUGUUCUGUCUUCUCAAAGAACGUUCACACAUAAUAUUUCUGUGCUCCUUGAACAAAGCUUUGCUUGUACAAAGACUUUCCAUGACUUUCCACAAGGAGGUGUCAUUGAUCAUUGAUGCUGGGAGGAACUUCCUAAAUCAUUCAUGGGACACACUCAAACACUGCACUAACCUGGAGGGCAGGUCUGGCUAGCACUGUGCUGCUUCGUGGUUGGACAAUUUAGAGACAUGAAGCCGAGACAUGAUGCCAAACAAUGAUUUGUGAAUUCCUCCUUAUGGUGCUUUAUCCCUAUCUCCUCCUCCAUCGACAUUAUCUUCAUCACUCAAACAUCAAAGUGCCACAACCACAGAGAAGUGGAGAAUGGAUGUUCAGGAGAGGGGUGAAGGGUAGGGCAAAGGGAUUGAUUAAUGACCAGAAAUACAGACCAAGACGGUUUUCCAGUGAAGCCUACAAAACAGAAGCAAUGUUCCUUUUCCGGACAUGUUGAAUCUCUCCCAUAUUCUACACUCUCAUUAUUAUCCACAAGGACUUAUAAAUGCAAAUCCAUGUUUUCUGAAUAAUAUAUACGCAAGAAUUAUAGUGUUUUUGAAUCAUGUUUACUUUUA